AUGACUUCCGCACCCACAAUACAGCCCAAGUUCCUGCCAAACAGGCAUGACCUAGGCAUCGUCGCAGUCGGCUUCAGCGGCGGCCAGCCCAAAGCCGGCGUCGACGCCGCCCCCAUGGCCCUCAUUGAAAACGGCCUCAUCAAGCAACUGGAAGAAGACCUGGAAUUCAAAGUCACCUACGACGGCCAAGUGCACAACUACACGGAGCUGCAACCCUCAGACGACCCAGACUACCGCGGCAUGAAGCGACCAAAGUUCGCCUCGGCAGUCACAAAGCAAGUCAGCGAUCAAGUCUACGCUCAUGCCUCGUCGGGAAAAUUGGUGCUGACGCUCGGUGGUGAUCACUCGAUUGCCAUCGGCACCGUUUCUGGUACCGCCAAGGCUGUGAGGGAAAGACUGGGCAAGGAUAUCGCAGUCAUUUGGGUCGACGCACAUGCCGAUAUUAACACGCCUGAGACGAGCGAUUCAGGCAACAUUCAUGGUAUGCCCGUGUCGUUCUUGACGGGACUGGCGACGGAGGAGCGGGAAGAUGUGUUUGGCUGGAUUAAGGAGGAGCAUAGGUUGAGCACGAAGAAACUGGUUUACAUUGGUCUUCGGGAUAUUGAUCGGGGGGAGAAGAAGAUUCUGAGGGACCAUGGCAUCAAGGCCUUUUCCAUGCACGAUAUCGAUAGGCAUGGUAUCGGCAAAGUCAUGGAUAUGGCAUUGGGUUGGAUUGGCAGCGACACGCCCAUCCAUCUCUCGUUUGAUGUCGACGCUCUCGACCCCAUGUGGGCGCCUAGCACCGGUACUCCUGUCCGCGGCGGUCUGACUCUCCGCGAGGGUGACUUCAUCGCCGAGUGUGUUGCCGAGACUGGUCAGCUCAUCGCGUUGGAUCUCGUCGAGGUCAACCCCAGUCUUGACGCUGAGGGUGCUGGAGACACGGUCCGCGCGGGUGUUUCGAUUGUUCGUUGCGCGCUUGGUGAUACGCUUUUUAGUGGCAUUUUCUUGUGCCUGUGCCUUUUAGGCACAUAUGUCUUCGGCUGGUGGUUUGGCCUAAGUUGGCCUUGGGAGAAGGCUAAGAGAAAGGCCUUGGUGGAUGACCUCGAGGCUGCCAACCUCAAGUUGGUGCGGAGGAGGCGGGACUCGGUGGAGGGGGCGUUGGGGCAGGAGGUGGUGAUGGCGGCCAUUGCCGAAGAGCGGCAUCAAGGGGAUGCCGCCCGGCUAAUGAAGAAGAUCUCUGAUCUUCGAAAAGAGUUGGAAGAGGCGAAAGCCAUGGGCUUCGUCCCGGCAUCCGGGCUUGGGGCCGCUGGCCCAUCGACCGUCCGAAAGCGCAAUCCGUCCUAA